AUGCUCGAGUACAACAGCCAGUAUCAGGUACUGAUAUGCCCGUUGCAUAAAUGUGCGGUACCCGAUGCAGACAAACACAACUCGUCAGGCAGUGAGAAAUCGAGACCGCGACCGCCAUGGUCAGCAAAGAACACGGAAACGGGCUGCGGUUACGGCAUCGUGGAAGCUAGCUAUCAAUCGUGGACAGACAGGCUCCUAUCAAGCCAGACUUCUUCAUUAAAGCUACUCACGGACACGACAACCACCAGGACGAAUUCCAUCACUAUUGGCACGCGUGCAACGAAAGGGAGAAUAGCCUCGAGGAAGCUGCUUUCGAAGACGAGAACACUCAUUUCAACGCCAACACCUAUUCUACAGCGAGAGCAAAUUCCUUAUUCCCAGUGGAACUUCGGAGUCCUCUCCACAGCGUUCGAAUUCAUCAAUCGGCUUCCACCUACGACGCAUAAUUGUAUGACCGGCUUUGACACCCCCGGUUCACAACCUUGUCGAAAACCAGGACGAGGACAACAAGACACGAAAGAGCAGACCUCGUACUUCCGGCCCAAACGCCACCUUGAUCAUCGCUCGGAAGAGGUAUCCCAUUCCGAGACCCAGCCUCAGCUAGGCAUGAAAGAGUCUCCCCAUCUCAGCGACGAUGACUCCGAUCCUACUUACAAGGACCCCUUCAGCACAAGCGUCGUCGCCGAACAGGAAUCUGUCCGAUGUUCCGGUCGUAGCGUAUCGAUACGGACCUCGACGGCGUGGAGAAUGGGACUCGGUUUGCGAGCACACCUCAGAUUCGUAAGCAGCAACAAGCCCCGAAUGGUCUCGACGACCGGACUCGGAUCCGAGCACACACCAACCCACCAACAACCAUAUGAAUAA